AAAACGAUAAGCCGGUAAUUCCGUUUCCACACCCAAAUUAGGCUUCCCGCAAAUAACGCCUUCAAAAAAAUCAAAACCAAAAAAACGCAUCCCUCACACACAAACCAAAACCCAUUCUCACAUUUAUCAUAGUGUAUCUAGAGCUAGGUAUAAAUCAAUCUAUCUUGACGAAUUAAUCGGAAAAUAAAAUCUCAUAACAAAAUUCGAGACCACAAUUGGAGAAUCACAUCCUCCAAUCCAAUGAGGAACCUCUGUCCAAAUUUCGAGAAGGAAGACGGAUUAGAAACGGUUUUGGAAGUUCCGAUUCCGGAGGAUAUGUGGACUGGAAUCGGAAGCAGUGGUUCCAAUCGGUGGCAGAAUCUUUGCGCGCUCAUGAAAGCGCAGAUUUCUAACGAUAAAUCUUCGCAUCUUUCUGCUACUUCUAAUAAUGAAUUCAUCGCGUUGCUUAAACUUGUUGGUUCUCCUCUUAUUCCUCUUCAGGUUCAAUGCGAUCGUACGUUAACUCGUCCUCUCAAAGAUUCUAGCAUCGAAGCUUCAAGUGCAAAUUAUAUAGUGCAGCAAUACAUAGCUGCCACAGGAGGAAUGGGAGCAUUGGAUUCACUGAAGAGUAUGUAUGCAGUUGGGCAAGUGAGGAUGUUUGGGUCAGAAAUGCGUGCGGGAGAUGAUAGCAUUAAACCGAUUGGUAGAGCUGAAGUGGGAGGUUUUGUGUUAUGGCAAAAGAAUCCAAAUUUGUGGCACUUUGAAUUGGUUGUCUCUGGUUUCAAAGUCAGUGCAGGGAGUGAUGGGAAGAUAGCAUGGACACAGUCUUCUUCUAAACCUUGUCAUGCUAAUAAAGGACCUCCAAGACCUCUUCGCCGCGUCUUUCAGGGACUGGAUCCAAGAUGUACAGCCAACUUGUUUCUAGAUGCUGUAUGUGUAGGAGAGAAAACCAUUAACAAAGAAGAUUGUUUUCUACUAAAAGUAGAGACAGCACAUGACGUCCUCCAAGCACAAAACACGUCUCACACAGAAAUUAUCAGACACACGGUGUGGGGAUACUUUAGCCAACGCACAGGGUUACUUGUCAAAUUCGAAGAUUCCAAGUUGGUUAGAAUGAAGCCGGGCAAGGAAAUUGAUUCUGUUUUUUGGGAAACAAGCAUUGAGUCAGUGAUUGAGGAUUAUAGAUACAUAGAUGGUAUUAAAAUAGCACAUGGUGGCAAGACAGUGGCCAUUUUAUACAGAUAUGGUGUAGCACAUAACCAUAGGCGACGAAUUGAAGAGACGUGGAGGAUUGAAGAAGUUGAUUUUAACAUUUGUGGCUUGUCAAUGGAUUGUUUUUUGCCUCCCUCUGAUAUCAAGAAGGAACAAGAAGUUGCAGAACAAAUUGUGUCGUAGGAAAGAGUUGGGACUUUCCUUUCCUUUUCCAUCUGUUUUGUCAACCAUAACAAAAUUUGUGUACAUAUUGUAUAGAGGCAAACCAUAGUUUGAAUACAAAAUAUUUCUCAAGAUCCUUGGUUUAGCGCAAAAUAUCAGCCAGCGUUUAUAUUUUUACCAGGCAUUUCAGGAUUUUAUCUUCAAACUGAAAAUGUAGAUGAGUCUCCAUAUCUUCAUUACAUAAACUGCACUCCACUACAUAGUAGAUACUUCUUAAAAGUCCGGGAAACUAGUGUUCCACCGAUCAUGAGCAUAUAGCAUGCAGUGCUCUUCCUGUCAUUUGAUUACCUCCUUAGUCAGAAUCUGAGUAGCCAUAUGUCAUUGUAUCUCCUUUGUUAUUCUUCUGGUUACACAUCAAAAUUCCCUGAUCAAUUGUGCCUCUAACAUACCUGACUAUUUUCUUUGCAACUAGAAGAUGAAUUACUCUUGGUUGUUCCAUAAAUUUGAUCAUCAAUUCUAUAAUUUUGACAUAAUUUUGGCCUAGUAUUGCAUAGGUCACCUUAGAGAAUGAAUUAUUUAUUUGCACAGUGUAGCAUCCACCAGUUCUUCAUCUGCAUAUUUUCUCAGUUUGGCUCCAGAUUCCAUUGUAAUUAUUGUAGUUGCUCAUAUGAAACUUUUUUUAACACAUCUUCAGCAUAUUUAUUUUGGUGUGGGAAGAUACCUUUGCAUGUUGUCACAAAUUAUACCCCUAAAAAAUAUGAUAGGUUCCCAAUAUCAUAUAUCUCAAACUCUUCCAUUAUGUUUAUCUUGAAGGUUUCUAUCUCCUCUUCAUUUUCAUCAGUGAUCGACAAGUC